UCCACCGUUUACGCUACCAACAUCAAGACCAUCACCUCUUGCGCCGCCGAAGUCACUAACUGCCCGGCCCGCGAGACCCCUCAGGUUGUUACCGAGGUCGUCCCCAUUACUACCACCAUCUGCCCCGUCGUCGACGUCCCUACGCAGUUGACCGUCAUCAAGACUGAGGUCCACACCAUCACCUCCUGCGCCCCUGAGGUCACCAACUGCCCGGCCAGACAGACCACCGUCACCAGCCAGGCCGUCAUCCCGACGACUGUGGCCAUCCCCGUCGAGAGCUACACCCCUGGAAAGCCAGCCGUCACAAACUGCCCGGCCAGGACGUCCACUAUCGUCACAAGCAAGGUCAUCCCCACCACAAUCCCCGGUGCUCCCGCCGUCCCCACCACCGCCGAGUCCGCGAAGCCCGUCGUCACCGAGCCCCCUGUCCCCGCAACUUCCGGAGCUUCAACCGCCCCUGGCGCCGGUGUCCCUACUGUCGGUGUCCCUGCCUCCAGCAGCACC